CGGGGACUGUAGGCGCUUGCCUUCGUGUCGUUCCCAGUCCGGAGGACAUACACCUUGAUCCUAUACUACCCUCGGCCAUGCGUCCUUCACUACGUCUCCUGAAUGCUGCCUCGCACAGAGUGCACAAACCACUUAUUCAAUUUGUUGGAAAGCGGCAAUGGCCCUCAACACCGGAACCUCAGCACCCACAUCCGUUCGCGCCCACUGAGCUCCAAAACGCGUUCUCAGACUUUCUGAACAAGUUUAAGGCUUCUGCAUCUGCAGAGGGCUCCUCUCAGUCUUCGAUGGCUGCGAGCUCCGCCAGUGGCAAGAACGGAGAGACCGUGCAGGUGUUCACGGACUUCUGGCAAGCCCCGGAAAGGUUAUGGAGACGGCGAAUAUCGGAAGAGGAGAUUGAGGUUAUUACAAGCGGAGGGGCAUACUAGGUGCCAAGUCCGAUAACGGCCGACGUCCAAGUAAACUCCUGUACUGCUGAUAGCUCACCGGCCUCCUCGCAUGAUUCAUAGUUUUCACUUGUGUCGCGACAAGCUGUCCCAGGUGUUUUGACCUCCUUGUAGCGUCAGCCUUUCACCAGAAACGUUCGACGCUGGAGUCUAUCACGCUGGAUCCUUACAGUGUGCUCCUAGGAGUCUAGGACGCGAUCAUAAUGUUACGCGAUCAUAAU